GCGUAGUCGGCGGCUGAGGUGGCAGCUUACUGGCGACAUGGAGCUGCCGCAGAUGCCGGAGCUGAUGGGGCUGUCCCUGUUGGUCGGUCUGCUGGCCCUGAUGGCCACGGCGGCUGUAGCGCGGGGGUGGCUGCGCGCCGAGGAGGAGAGGGGCGGCCGGCCGGUCUGCCAAAAAGCAAAUGGAACCAAGAAGUCAGGAUCCAAGAAGCAGAAACAGAAUCAGCGGGUUCGCAAGGAGAAACCUCAACAACACAACUUUGCCCACCGCCUCCUGGCUGCAGCACUGAAGAGCCACAGCGGAAACAUAUCUUGCAUGGACUUUAGCAGCAAUGGCAAGUAUCUGGCCACCUGUGCAGAUGAUCGCACAGUCCGCAUCUGGAGCACCAAGGACUUCCUACAGCGUGAGCAUCGCAGCAUGAGAGCCAAUGUGGAGCUGGACCACGCCACUUUGGUGCGCUUCAGCCCUGAUUGCAGAGCCUUCAUUGUUUGGCUGGCCAAUGGGGACACUCUCCGUGUCUUCAAGAUGACAAAGCGAGAAGAUGGGGGAUUUACCUUCACAGCCACCCCAGAGGACUUCCCCAAAAAGCACAAGGCACCUGUCAUCAACAUUGGCAUUGCUGACACAGGGAAGUUCAUCAUGACAGCCUCCAGUGACACAACUAUCCUCAUCUGGAAUCUGAAAGGUCAGGUUCUGUCUACUAUCAACACCAACCAGAUGAACAAUACCUAUGCUGCCAUAUCCCCUUGCAGCAGGUUUGUGGCCUCAUGUGGCUUUACUCCAGAUGUGAAGAUCUGGGAAGUCUGCUUUGGGAAGAAGGGGGACUUCCAGGAGGUCGCACGAGCCUUUGAAUUGAAGGGUCACACUGCAGCUGUCCACUCCUUUGCUUUCUCCAAUGACUCGCGGAGGAUGGCUUCUGUCUCCAAGGAUGGCACAUGGAAACUGUGGGAUACAGAUGUGGAAUACAAGAAGCAGCAAGACCCCUACUUACUGCGGACAGGACGCUUUGAAGAGGCUAGCACCAUGCAGUGCCGCCUGGCUCUCUCCCCUGACACCCAUGUCUUGGCCUUGGCCAGCGGCACCAGUAUUCAUCUCUACAAUACCCGGAGGGGCGAGAAGGAGGAAUGCUUUGAGCAGGUCCAUGGGGAAUGUAUUACUGACUUGUCCUUCGAUGUCACUGGCCGCUUUCUGGCCUCCUGUGGGGAUCGGGCAGUGCGGAUUUUCCACAACACACCUGGCCACCGGGCAGUGGUGGAGGAGAUGCAGGGCCUCCUGAAGCGGGCCUCCACUGAGAGCACCCGCCAGAGGUUGCAGCAGCAGCUAACCCAGGCCCAGGAGGCUCUGAGGAGCCUGGGAGCCCUGAAGAAGUGACUGGCUUAGGAAGGGUCUGGCUUCCUGAGCUGCCCCACUGCUUCCACUCUGAUUCCCAGGUGCUCCGGGAUGGAGACCUUCCGGAGGAAGUCUGAAUGUUCUUGCUAGUGGCCCCUCUUUUUCUCAUUGAGACUGCCCUUGUCCACUUAGAUCUCUCUCUCUCUCUUCUUACUGGUUUUGACUGCUCCUGACUGAAGAGCAAGGUGCUUUCCUUUCUACUGGGCCCAGGGGUAGAGACCCUCUUCACCCAGCCCCGGGGAGAAUGAUAGAGAGAGAAAACAUAGUCUUUGACCUUGUGGCAGCUCACUCUGACACCCAAGGAGUUUGUAAAUGUAGAAAUAACCGAGGGGACCCUGGGAAGGACCCAGCACCAUUAUGGGGUGAGAUGCUGGGAAUGUUCCAGUCAGAGCUGUGCUGUGGAGCUCCAGGAAGAUGAGCCUUUGACUGGACCAGAUUCCCGGCUCCAUCAAGAAGUGAUUAAGGCACUGCAGUCUGGAUUUCUUUUUUCUUGUUUGUAAAAUGGAGAGGAAUGCUCUCUGUUACGUCCUUGAAAACGUGAGGCUAAGGGAGUAUGAGUACCCUAAAUUUGGAAGAAAAGUGGAAAAGAAUAGUAAUAUUGUCCAAUGUCAUUAACUGUCAGGUAAAAGUGGAAAUCAAAGAGUGUGGUUUGAAACCAAAUUAGAAAGAAACAUUCCUAUGUGGCAAAGUUUUACGGGACUUGGUCAUAUAUUUCGAAUCUGGUUCAGCUUCAUGUGUGGAGGAACUGUCUGAUCCUGGGGCGGGGCUGCGCCACUCUGGGGAAGUUACCUGUUUGAGGAGACCUCUUUUCAGGUCAUCACAUGUUUGAGUGCCUACUCUGGCCAGCACAGCUGGGCACUGAGAAUAAAUAUGAAAGGCCAGGGAACUGAGAGACGUGUCUGUGAAGAGCUGCUUAUUAAUUCAUAGCUACAGUAGACUGUUGUAAGGUCAAGGCAAGAGAGGAUCAAGUCAGGAUGGAGGUGAUGGGUAUGAUAGAUUUGAUAAGGAAUUGGGUCUUUUUCAAAGUUUGAAUUUGGGGACACAAGGACUGCUUGCAUAUGGGAAGUGAGGGAGAUGAGGAAUCUAGGAAGACUUGAAUCUAGGCAAAAUGUCUUCAUCCUGAAUCAGUCUUGAUCUCUAAACCAGGGCCUCCAGUGUCCCAGUGUUCCAGAGUGUUAAAGCAGGCUACAACCCUGAAGUUAUCCUUGACUGCUCCCUUUUCAUUACCUGCUACAUCCACCAUUCAGGAAGUUCCUUGGGUUAUCCUCCAGAUGACAUGCUCAAUCUGCUGCCUCUCUCCAUCUUUUCUGUUACCAUCCUGGUCCUAGCCACUGUCACCUAUUGGAGUUCAUGGUACAGCUUUGCAGUUGGUUUCCCAGUUGGUUUCCCUGCUUCCUCUGUUGCCUCAGUCACUUUUCUACAUAGCAGAGUGAUCUUUUGAAGAUGUAAGCAAAUCACCUUAUUCCCUAGUUAAAACCCUUCAAAAGCUUCCCCUUGCUCUUGGAACAAAAUCUGGAAAUUCUCACCCUGACACUGUGAUCUGGCCCCUUCCUUCUCUGUGAUCUUUCUUUACCGCUCUCCAGCCACCCUGGUCUUGCUGUUCCUAAGUGAGCUGAGCUGUCUGUGGCUCCAGUAGGCCUUGUGCCUGUGCUGGUCCCUCUGUGUGGAGGUGUUUCUCUUUCCUGUUGGCAGACUUGUCAUGCUCGUCAUAAUUCAGUUCUUCAGUUCUUGGUUUCUGUUGCCUUCCAGAGAGUUCCCCUCCCUGACCACCCCGUCUGAAGUAGCCCUUUCCACCAAUCACAUCACAUCCAUCACUUUAGCCUAUUUCCUUUAUUUUGUGUUACUUAAUGCUAUCUGAAAUUAUCUUGUUUGGAUAUUUGUUUGCUUCAGGGGUUUCAGCUUCAGUGCUUAUGAAUGUCAAGUAAACGUGUCAACGAGGCCAGUCUUCUGGGUUUAAGAUGGUAGGAGAUGGUGGAGACUGCAGGGAGCCGGAGGGCCUGUGUCCUGGUUGUGGGGCGACAGGCGACUACUUCUCAGUAUUGUUGAGGAAUCUAGCACAAGUUGCCUGUUUCAGAGAAGCUAGGCGUUGGCAACUUACUAAACAAUAAAAAUACAGAAAUGAAGCCCUGUAUGGACCACACAAAACUGACGUGGCCAGAUGCGUCCACUAGUCUCUCGUCAGCGUGUGAGCUACUGAAGAACCUACUGGAAUGUGAACUGCACAGGGACAAAAUCCUUGUCUGUCUUCUUUGUUCUGGGUCCUGAGCACAGUAGCUGGGACUGAGUAAGCCCUCAAUAAAUGUUGCACUCAAAACAGGGGCAAUUGGCGGACACCUUGGUAUCCUCUCUUUGUUUCUUGUACUUGAGAUAUGUAUGGUUUUAUGUUCCUGAUGACAGACUUCUGACUUAUAGUACUGUGCACACAGGGCCUGGUGAAUACUUACCUUUGAUUGCCAGAAGAAUGAGACUAAAACUGUUUGCACACACGUUUUGAGCAGCUCUGGCAUUACUCCCAUAGUACACCCAAGAGAGGAAGUGACCGUAGAAUGUUGAGUUACUGAAGUCAGAAGUCUUCAGUUCUAGUUCAGUUCAGUUUCAGACUUAGACUUGAGGCCUGAAGCAGGUAGAUCACUUGAUCUCUGAGUUUGUUUUUUCAUCUGUAAAAUGGGAAUAAAUCCUGUCAUGUCUACUUUGCUAUGUUGUGAGUUUCUAAUGAGCGAAAACACUACAGAAGGUCAUUAACUUCUCCUAAGAGGCCAGAGAGCUCUCUCAGGAGAGAUGCAGCUACUUCUCUUGUAACCAUGAAGUGUCUGGAUAUUAACAUACAGCAGAGGCUGCCCAGUUGGUUUUUAGCAAGAAUCUUUGGGUAAAGGCAGUAGUAACAUUUUUAAUGUUACUGUUUCAACUUCUGUGGGUCCUAAAUUUUCCAAAAUAAAAAGUUUGGAAAAUAUUUUAAUGAUUGUUUAUAAGCCUAUUUUUUAAUCAAUCAUCAAAAUUGAAUAAAACAAGUACACUGUU